AUGUCUCUCCCCGCCAAGAUGCGCGCUCUCGUCACCGUCGAAGGCAAGAAGGCCGAGGUCAAAGAGGUGCCCGUUCCCUCGCUCGACACCGAUGAGAUCCUCGUCCGCGUCAAGGCCGUGACGCUCAACCCGACCGACUGGAAGCACAUCCAGUACAUCGCUCCUCCUGGUGUCACUGUCGGCUGUGACUUUGCCGGUGUCGUCGAGCGAAUCGGACCCGAUGCCAAGAACACCUCGCUCAAGAAGGGCGACCGCGUCGCUGGCUUCGUCCACGGCUCCAAGGACGCCGACCGCGGCAGCUUUGCCGAGUUCCUCAAGACCAACAGCGAGCUCGUGGCCAAGAUCCCGGACAACUUUGACGACGCAGCUGCCAGCGCACUCGGCGUCGGUGGAGAGACCGCUGUGCAGGCCCUCUUCCAUCGACUGGCGAUCCCCGUGCCCGACUACUCGCACGGCGCUGUGCCCGUGACCGACGACUCGCCCGAGCUGCUCGUGUGGGCCGGAAGCACCUCGGUCGGUCAGUGGGCCGUUCAGAUCGGCCACGCAACUGGCUACAAGGUCAUCACCACCGCCAGCCCCAAGAACCACGAGCUGCUCAAGCAGCUCGGUGCACACGACGUCUACGACUACCGCGACGAGACCACCCCGCAGAAGAUCUCGUCCAAGUAUCCCAACCUGAGCAAGGCACUCGACUGCAUCUCAGAGAACGGCACGCAGCAGCUCUGUGUCAAGUCACUCGGUACCAAUGGCGGCGACGUCGUUGUGCUCCUCAAGCCCGACCCAGAGGCCAUCGCUCUUCGCAAGGGCGAGGUCAACAUCAUCCACACCCUCGCCUACACCGCCCUCGGUCGGCCCUUCAGCUACGGCAAAGCCGCCGUAUUCGACCAGGACCGCGUCUCGGCAGAUGCAGCCCUCAUGAAGGAAUGGCUCAACGGCGACAAGGGUCACUUCUACUCGCUCCUCCAGCGCGGUAUCCUUCGCGGCAACAAGAUCAAGAAAAUGGACGGCGGCCUGGACAGCAUCAACGAGGGCCUCAAGUACCUUCAGGACGGAAAGGUCUCUGCCGAAAAGCUCGCCUACACCAUCAGCUCCUGA